AUGGUAACCUCCAAUGUUGUGCUACACUCCUCUGUGACCAAUCGCCCCGACGAGUGGAAGAUUGAACAAGGAUUGUCCGCAGCACAGCUGCCAAUCCUUGAUCAGACAGCUCCGCAAACCGAAGACAUCCAGCCUGUCGUAUGGCCGGAACUUACCAAGGAUGAGGAGGCCAUCAAGGCUGUGGGUGACCGCAAUGAGCUGUUCCAGCGUGAGAAAGAAGGCUGGCAAGGGUAUGUCGAGUGGGAGAACUAUCCAGAAAAAAAGAAAAAGGCACAUGCCAUCUUGACCUCAGAAACGUUUCCUCCUAACGCGGAAUUCCAAUGGGGCCCCAUUCCAGGUACAAACCCGGUUCUUCCUGGAACUCACUGGAAGAUGUGGCACCAUGCUGUUGGCGGAGAGCUCAGCACCGUCCCUGAGGACUCCUGGGAGACUGUUCUUAAAGAGAAGCAUCCGGACAUGCUUCAUCUUCUGCAGUUCCCGUACAAUGGUGAGCCGCCAAAAAGGCUGGUGACUGCGAAAGCCAUCACUCCAAACGACCUGCACUUUGUUCGUAACCAUGGUGGCAUUCCCAGGAUUGACAAAGACAAGUGGAGCCUACAGAUGGACGGCCUCGUCAACAACCCGAGAACAUACAGCCUGGCCGAUCUGAUGGACGAUUCCAAAUUCCCUCGCAUGGAGAAGCUCAUCACUAUCCAAUGCUCGGGUACUCGCCGGGUUGAGCAGAUUGAACUUUACGCUGGGCAGGGUGACGAAGUGCCCCAAGCCCCAUGGGCUGAAGGAGCCAUCGGCACUGCCAACUAUGUUGGCAUCAGCUUGAAGAAGGUCAUCAAAGAUUGUGGUGGUCUCAAGGACGGCGCCAAGCAUCUUGAGCUAUAUGGCGCCGAGACCUAUUUCAAGGCUAGUGAAGCCAUGAAUUACCUUGUCAGCGUCCCUUGGUCAAAGGUCAAAGCCAAUGAAGUCAUGCUUGCAUGGGAGAUGAAUGGCGAACCACUCCCAAAGAUCCAUGGUUAUCCUCUGAGAGUCGUCGUGUUUGGCUACAUCGGAGCCCGAAGCGUCAAAUGGCUGUAUCGCAUCAAAGCCAUCAAACAGCCUACCAUGGCUCCGGUCCAGAGCAAAGAGUACUUGUACUUCCCACAACAGGUUGGCAAGCAUAAUCAAAAGCCAACGGAUGGUAUACAGAUCCAGGAAAUGCCAGUCAGCUCGGCCAUUAUGUACCCAUGGACUCGCCAAGUUAUCAUCCAUAAUGGCAAAAUUCACUGCAAAGGCUGGGCCUACUCUGGCGGUGGUCGAUGGCCUGAGCGGGUCGAGCUGUCUGCCGACGGGGGCUUCAGCUGGUAUGCCAUACCGCCAGAGAAUCUGAGCAAGAAACAUAAAUGGACCUGGCGUACAUGGGAAUUUGACCUACCUUGUGAUGUUGAAGGCUGGGUAGAGAUUGUCUGCAGGACCUGGGACAACAGCUUGAACACUCAACCGUUGACCGUGCGGGCUGCCUGGAAUUGGGGCCUGCAUGUUACAAGCUCCGCCCACCGCAUCAGCGUUUACAGCAUCAACAAGAGCCGGCAGCGCACAAAGGAUAGGUUGGCAAAGUUCGAGAAGGAAAAGUUCCCGUUGGCGCCUCUGACGUGUCCAGAAGACUUUGUAACCCAGCCUUGGGAUGAGUACAAGGCUUAUUGGGACACGCAUGAUCCGCGAGAUGUUGACGAUUGA